AUGGCUUCGACACAUUCUAUUCCUAGGCUAGGGCUUUCGAGUCUCCUACAGCCCUUCAGCCGUCCCCGACACUAUGAUAAACCCUCUCGAGCAAUCCGGCAGACUCGAACCAUUGCCCAGACUGCCAAAAAGUCGCAACAACAGCAACAUGCCUCUCCUUGGGACGCAGCUCGAGCCGAAGCCAAAAUCAAGAAUCGGACAACACUGUACUACGGACUCAGUGUCGGAAUAACUCUCGUGGCCUUGUCUUAUGCUUCAGUGCCUCUAUAUAAAAUGAUAUGCCAGCAAACCGGCUGGUCCGGUCAACCCGUCAAAGCGCACGAUUCCAGCGGAGAUCCUGCCCUACGGUUAAAACCGGUCGAAGACCACCGACGGUUACGCAUCACCUUCAACGGCUCGGUCUCCGACAUCCUGCCUUGGAAAUUCACUCCCCAGCAACGCGAAGUCCGUGUGUUACCGGGUGAAACAGCAUUGGCGUUCUAUACCGCCACCAACAAGAGCGACGCAGACAUUAUCGGCGUGGCCACAUAUUCGGUGACACCGGCCCAAGUGGCUCCAUAUUUCAGCAAGAUUCAGUGUUUCUGUUUCGAGGAGCAACGUUUAAAUGCCGGAGAGACGGUAGAUAUGCCGGUCUUUUUCUUCAUCGAUCCCGAAUUCGUCAAGGAUCCCGCAAUGAGGAAUAUUGAUACCAUCACCCUAAGUUAUACCUUUUUCAAGGCCAAAUAUGACAAGAAUGGCGUUUUGACCACCAUCCCCAUGGCCAUGGGAGCAGCAGCAUAA